CAAGUCUUGGUCAGCUGGUGCGGCCAGGCCCGAGAAAGAGAACUCCACAGAAUCCCCAAAUCUCCCAAACCCCGGCGAGACGCCAUGGCCCCCAGAUCGGAGCACGCCGCCGGCAGCGCGGCCGCGCAGGUCCACGGAUCCGAGUUCGAAUCCAUGGAUCCCCUCUUCCACGUCCUCCGCGUGGUCCCCUUCUCCUUCCUCCAGCCGCCACGCACCCGCCUCAAGGUGCCGUCCAACCUCGCGCUCCCUUCCCCCAUGACCGUGUUCUCCCUCAUCCUGCUCACCUACUUUGCCGUCGUCUCGGGCCUCGUCUACGACGUCAUCGUCGAACCCCCCGGCAUCGGGAGCUCCCAGGACCCCGCCACCGGCGCCGUCCGCCCAGUCGUCUUCCUCCCCGGCCGCGUCAACGGCCAGUACAUCAUCGAGGGCCUCUCCUCCGGCUUCAUGUUCCUCCUCGGAGGCGUCGGGAUCAUCCUCCUCGACCUCGCCGUCGACCGCACCAGGCCUCGGAGCCUCCGAAUCUCGUUCGCCGGCUCCGGUAUCGCUGCCGUCGUCAUCGCAUACGCCAUGGCCAUGCUCUUCCUCCGCAUCAAGAUACCCGGCUACCUCUGGUGAGGCCGAAAAAAUCUUACCAACUUCUUCAUCAUGUCAGAUCCCCAAGAUAUCUCGCUCUACCUCUAGAUCUAUAUGCAGUUGUGUUGAUGGCUCUGGUGUACAAUUUAGAUUUAUGUUGUCAUAGGAUUCUGGAUGAUCUUAAAUUUUAAAAUUAUAUGGUCUGAGGAUUAUCUACUUCAAAUGACACUGAACUGUUUU